AUGGCGUCUCCGCUUCUGAAGGAAAAGGCCAACAACAUCCAAACGGAAAGGCAAGAGAGCCUGGAAAAAGAAAGACUGACCGAAAACAAGGAGAUUGCGCGGCAAGCUGGAGAGACAACGAAAAUGUCUUGGACCCUCAACGACUUUGCAAUUGGACGGCCACUUGGAAAAGGACGGUUUGGCCACGUCUACUUGGGAAAAGAAAACGCGUCAGGCUACGUAGUUGCUCUGAAGGUUCUUUUCAAGAAGGAAUUGGUUCGCCUCAAUGUACCUCAUCAACUCCGCCGCGAAGUGGAAAUCCAAUAUCAUCUGCGACAUCCAAACAUUCUCCGUCUUUAUGGCUACUUUCACGACGCGGAACGAGUCUACAUUGUAUUGGAAUACUGUCAACGGGGAGAGCUCUACCGCAUCUUGAAAGAAAGAGGACGACUUAAUCAGGAAGAUACGGCCAAGUACAUCUAUCAAUUGUCAAGUGCGCUCGAUUUUUGCCAUGAGCGAAACGUUAUACAUCGCGACAUCAAGCCUGAAAACGUGCUUAUCGACAAGAAUGGUGAUCUCAAGCUCUCAGACUUUGGGUGGGCCGUCCAGCACGAUGGUAGUGUAAAGCGUGCAACUAUAUGCGGAACCCUCGACUACCUGCCACCUGAGAUGCUCGCACAAAUGCCACAUACGCACAAAGUUGACAACUGGAGCGUCGGAAUACUGAUGUUUGAGUGCCUCGUUGGUAAGGCCCCAUUCGAAGUCCCAACGCAAUCUGAGACGAUCGACCGCAUCAAGCGCUGUCAUUUUAAAUUACCAGAUUCGAUGGAGGCUGGUGCCAAGGAACUCAUCAACAAAAUCAUUCGCAUCGAGCCCGAAGAGCGUUUGUCAUUGAAGGAAGUUAUGGCUCAUCCGUGGCUUAUUCAGCACUACCCCAAAGCCGCUUCGCACCACGCUAUCGAGACAGUUACCAAA